UAUAAAUAGUAAUUCCGUAAAUAUAAAAUUUUAUUCGCGUCUUGACAACAACAUAUCUUUUAAUAUUUCACCGCUAGUUGUUGAUCAUGUUACGGAUUUAUUACCUACCGCUGUUAUAGACACUUCUGUCUUAUCGCAUAUUUCGCAUUUACCGCUCGCAGAUGAGAGUUUUGGUACGCCAAAUAAAAUCGAUUUAUUAAUCGGUGCUUCUCUGUUCCCUCAUCUGCUUCUCCCCGACGUAGUUCAUGCAGCUCGUGACUCGUCGGCGCCCGCUGCAUUGCGCACGGUGUUAGGCUAUGUAAUAAUGGGUUCAGUACCCACCAUACCUAACAUACAUAAACCGCCCUUGACGUGUUGUCACGUUCAAGAGACCGCCGCUAUUGACUCAUUAGUCAGGCGUUUCUGGGAGCUCGAGGAGCUUCCUACCGCACCGCCCGUUCAACAUCCCGAUGAUGUUGAAUGUGAAGAAUAUUAUAAAUUAACUACAACCCGCGACCCCGUGAGUGGCAGAUAUAUCGUUUCGCUCCCAUUUAAGGAUGAUUUCUACACUCUCGGUGACUCAUUUAAUAUUGCCCGCAAACGUUUCAUGUGCCUUGAAAGAAAGCUACAGGCUUCACCUAAAUUAAGGUUGGCAUAUGAUGACGUCAUAAAAGAUUAUCUAACGAAGAAUUAUAUUUCACCCGCGCCUCCGUAUGAUCCGCGUGACCCUACACCUAUUUAUAUUAUACCGCAUCACGCUGUUCUGCGCGAGGAUAAAUCGUCGACUAAGCUGCGCAUGGUUUUAGAUGCUAGCAUGCCAACUUCUGGAAGCCAGCGUUCAUUGAAUGACCUUCUGCAUGUUGGGCCGAAUCUACAAGGCAAUUUGUUUACAAUAAUUUUAGGUUUUCGUCUCCACGCGAUUGCCAUGACCGCCGAUUGCCGCCAACAAUUUCUGCAGAUUUUCGUGCGUGAGUUUGAUCGUCGUUUUCAAUGUUUUUUAUAUCGUUUCAGCCCGCAGGAUCCGCUGCUUCUUUAUCAAUUUAAUCGAGUUUGCUUCGGCAUCAAGUCUAGUCCUUAUCAUGCACUGCGCACGGUAAGACAGCUCGUAGAAGAUGACGGCGCGAAAUAUCCGCUCGCGAGUAGCAUUGCGUCUUCCUCGUUGUAUAUGGAUGAUAUCGCCUUCUCUAUUCCCACGGAAUGUGAAGCAGUUUCCGCGUCGCAGCAGCUCAUCGAUUUGUUUAAGGGAGCUCAGUGGGAUCUAGUUAAAUGGAAUAGUAAUAGUAGAAAUGUGUUAGAUAAUCUUCCCGCUUCGCACAAACUUUUACCCUCCGCGGUGGAGUUUGACAAAACCGUGCAACAUAAAUUACUUGGUCUGCAUUGGUCUUCUGUUGUUGAUUGUUUUUAUUUUAAAAUUACCGCACCCGCCGAUGUGAUGUGCAGUAAGCGCUCCAUAUUGUCAAUUACCGCCCGUCUGUGGGACAUGAUGGGCUUCGUUGCUCCCACAGUCGUGUAUAACAUCCCAUCAGAUAACUACUACCAUGUUUCUGGUAUUGAAAAUCCCGCUGACGUACUUUCGCGUGGCAUUACGCCACAAAAUCUCGUCUCGCACCCUCUGUGGUUCCAAGGACCCCAGUGGGCUCGUUCGGACCCAUCUGAUUGGCCUCUUAGGAGUCUCGAUGGUGAGUCUAUUGCAGACAUUCCCGAACGAAAAUUAUUCACGCACACUGUGUGCUCGCCUAUAAAGCAUUGCGCUUUAUACGAUACCGCCCUUCGCGUCUCGUCGCGUCGUGUAUUUUAUAUUUAUAGGUUCCUUAUAUUAGAGGAACCUAAUUUCGCUGUAAAUAAAAUUAUUCCUGCCCUGCAAAAUAAAUAUUUUGCAGAGGAGUAUUCUAAUAUACUCUAUUAUAAAUUUUAUUCGCAGGCCUUCAAUCACUUCAAGCCUUUUAUUCGCAACAGACUAAUCCUCAUCGGACGUCUAAGCGAUACCGCCCUGGAAUAUGCACAUAAGCAUCCAGUGAUAUUACCGCGCAAUGAUCACAUAAUUAUCAUGAUCAUUGAUUAUUAUCAUAUUAAAUAUAUGUAUAAUAUUAUAACGAAUUUGUUUCGUGUUAUUUUAAUUACCGCGCUCUUAUUAUCAUUACCCGCGCCGCAAGUCAAAUCUGAUCACGUCAGUUUGCUUGAUAGGCAUUCGCCACUGGACAAGUUAGUCCAGUCGUUUUGGAAACGUUGGAGAUUGGAAUACUUACACGGUCUGCAGGUUAGGCAGAAAUGGAAUACGCCUUCCACACCUAUUAAUCCUGGAACGGUCGUGGUUGUGAUAAAUGAUAAUGCACCGCCCCUAACCUGGCCUUUAGCCGUCGUAGAAAAAGUACAUCCUUCAAAGGACGACAUCGCGCGCGUUUGCACAGUUAGAACCGCCAAGGGAACUUACCUUCGCCCGGUCGUUCGUUUAUGUCCGCUUCCAAGACAAUAG